AUGGUGUGUCAAAACACUGCACAGGCGCAGGGAUGCUAUACCGAGAUGGCUGUGCAGAGGCAAGGUCGUCUUGAUCCCAAAUGGAAAAUCCUGUAUCUCCCUGGGCCUGGAGAUUUUAGGCCUAUUGCAUGUUUGAACCCGUAUCAAACCGCAUUAUCGCAUGCGUCGGUGACCGAUUCCCUCGGGAACAGGUCGCUCUUCGGCGUGGAUAAUGCGGGAUGCAGCCUCUGCGCACAUAACUGGAUCAAAACAGUAUCAGAGAUGCUAUUAAAGCAUCACCGGGAGUUACACAUGCUUUGGGUGGAUAUGACCAAAGCGUUUGACUCCGUGUCUCACGGCGCUAUACGCUGGACAUUAAAGCAAUGGGAUAUACCAUUGAAUAUCCAGAGAAUACUCUGGAGAAUUAUGUCCAAGCAAAGCGUCAGGUACUGUGGCUUCAAGAGCGGUAAGGCUGUG